UUUUAUUUUUCCUUUUUCCCCCUCCCUUUCCGAGGAAUUAUUUCCCCUUCGCUCUCGAUCGCCAACAAACCCUAGAAAGCGAGCAACGUAAGCGCAAGUAAAAAGAGGAGAGCGGAAGCGUGAAGCAGAAGGAGAAGGGAACAAGCGUGUCGCAAGGCCCGCGGAGGACCCCUCACCGAUUCUUUUUCUUCAUUGUUUCGAUCCUUGAUUCAUACGGUCUUCGAUCCCGGUUUCGUUCCUGCCUCCUCUUCAUCCUUAGUUCGUCAGGGGCGCCUCGAAAUCUGCUACAUUGCUUGGAUUUUGGCUUUUUAUAGUGCCCACACGCCCUCUUGGUCUCCUCUUGCCUUCUGAUUCCCCCGGGUUCGAAGAAAAAGCGAGAAGGCCUGCGGCCGUGCUCCUUACAUCUCCGGACCCUUUGGAGUGAUCACGCUUCUGCGAUGGCUUUGAAUAAGCUUUUCCCCUCGCCAAGUCGCGGGUUUAGCCAGAUGAGUGUGGCCAACGAACAUGGAAGACUUCGUAGAAAGCAUUUGGUUUGCAUGGACAUUGGUUCCAACAAUAACUUGAGCAUGAGGGGCUGCUCCGACCGCCAUGACGGUGUCUCCAGAAGGGCAGAUGAAGAUAUCCAGAAGGCUCAUGUUGUGGGACCCCAUCGCCAUUUGGUUAAUGGUUCCAAAAUGGUUUUCUCGGAGGAUAUGGGGUUGAGUUUGGUGAAUGGAGAUGGAUCAUGCAAACAUGGAAAACCUCUAGAAUUCCCAGGCCAUCUAAAAUCUGAGAAAUUGGCCGUCGCUGUUGAUGUAGAUGAAGUUCUUGGAAGCUUUCUCUUAGCUCUAAACAAAUUUAUUGCUGAUUGCUACUCCUCCAAUCAUUCUGUUUCGGAAUAUUAUGUUUAUGAAUUUUACAAGAUAUGGAAGUGUUCUCAAGCUGAAGCUAAUAUCCGUGUUCAUGAGUUCUUCAAAUCUUCUUAUUUCAAAACGGGCAUUUAUCCCAUCCCUGGUGCUCGACAUGCUCUCGAUAAAUUAUCAACUUUUUGCAACCUAUCUGUGGUGACAUCUCGGCAGAAUGUUAUCAAGGACCACACUCUUGAGUGGAUUGAAAAACAUUAUCCUGGCUUAUUUCAGGAGAUCCAUUUUGGUAACCAUUUUGCGCUAGAUGGAGUAUCAAGGCCAAAAUCUGAGAUUUGCAGAUCUCUGGGAGCCCAUGUUCUGAUCGACGACAACCCAAAAUAUGCUCUUGAAUGUGCAGAAGUUGGCAUCAGGGUCCUACUCUUCGACUACCAUAAUUCAUACCCAUGGUGCAAGGCAGGUUCAGCAACUUCACAUCCAAUGGUGACCAAGGUGCAUAACUGGCAAGAAGUAGAACAGCAGCUGUUUUCAUGGAUACCGACGUGAGAGACACUCAAGAUUUAUGGCUCACACUCGGCGAACUACUACAUUUACCCUCUAAUGAGGGGCCUGACUCAUUCUUAGCAGGUUAUUUAGGUGUAUUUAGAAGGAUGAAGGGUUUCUAGUAGGCCCCUUUGUUUAGAGUAAGAAAAGAGAAGGAAAAUGUGAUCAAGUGUGGUUAAUCAUUUUUUAAGGUCUGAUGGAAAACAAAAAGUUAAAGACUGUACAUACAUAGAUAGAGCAACUUACACAAUGGAUACCAAUUUGUUGAGCACUAUCACGGUUAUUUCAUCCAACACCAUUUAUAUCUCAUAUGUAAUGCAUCACUAGA